GAGAAAAGAAACAAACAAAAAAGAGAGAGAGAGAGUGAGAGAUAUAUACCGACAGAUUUAGCGGUCACUCUUUGGCCAAUGCGGCGUAUACGUGAUAUUGCAUAUACUUGAUUGUGCACACAAAAGAAACGUGAUAAUCAUGCUUAGCUGAAGACAAAGAGACGGGAAAAAAGGGGAAAUAAACAUACAACCAAGACGGACAUAAGCUGAUUGCUUCGUUUUGCAAUUUACUCGUCCCCAGUUGUAGUUAUACAUAUAUAGUACACAUAUGUGCCGGGCCGAAGACUUGAUUUCUGAUCAUAUAUCAAAGCUGACCGAGAACGGAAGUUCCAGCAACAGCUGCUUGUGUCUGUGUGCUGGUGUCCUGUUGAUUUCCUGUCUUGCCAGCUGCUCAAGUGCGUGUGUGUGUGUUGUAUAUGGGUUCCUGUUCCUGAGAGCUGAAUAAUGUCCCCCAACUGGAUAUUGCCAAGUGCAGGGCGAGAAAUGAAUUCGAUCUAUGAUUAUUUAUAAUUUAUUAUAUAGAAUUUAGUAUAAUUUAAUCACAACUUUGUCAAACAAUAUGUUUUAUUGUACUUAAAGUGUAACUUUGCUUUUCGAACUGGAUUGCGCAUACGAAGCUAUAGUUCCCAGAUGGUUCUAGCUGCGUAUUACUAAUGACAUCUUCGAUCAGGUUCAUAAAUUAACGCUGAUAUUCUAGAUUGGUGAUUUGGCAAACAUGCUCAAUUUUAUGUGUGUUGUCAUAGAUUUACUUAAAUACAAGCCGAAACUGGACCUCGAUUUGCUUAGCUUCUUAGUUAAAAACUACUUAUUGAUAGUAGAUUGAAAACCAAUUAAUAUCUAGUCCCAAUAAAUAAUACUAUAGUUUUUCCUAGUGCAUUAACUCUCUUGUUUGAUUUUCUAUUAUGUUUUUUGUCGCUUAGCUUUAUUCUGUUUUUUGUCGCUUCGCUUUGUUUCGCUUAGCACAGCAAAUUAGCAUUCAGCUAACAUGUGUUUGGCUGUCACUCUGGAAAAGCCCAGCCCCGCUUCCCCUUCUCCUCGAUUUCCCACAUUUCCCAGUUAAGUGUGUCACAUUAAAUGAUACGCAACGCUUGACACCAAAAUGAGCGAAAGAAGCAAACUAAAACCGAACGCCAAGGAAAUGGAGGAAAAUAGGGAAAAGGACUCAUGAGCACAUGACGCUAUUCCGUACUUUAUUAAUGAGUUGCUGGGGGAAAUCAAUAGGGAAAAUUGCUAACAACUUAAAUCACAGAAACUAAGGUACUGUAAAAGGCUGUAAACUUAAUAUAUUUAUUGAAAAUUUGAUAUAAAUUUUCUUUACUCCUAAUGUAAUGCUAUUUUUGUAUGGCAAUGUGCAUAUGCAAAUCGAGGGCCACACAACGGAAGUUGAUUUCAAGUUUCUUUAACCCGAGGGAUAGACAAAGGUUUUAUGGGAGGGCAAAAAAUAAAAAAAAAGAAAACAAAAAGAAAAGUGAAGGGGCAAAGCAAAUAUAAGUUGGCUGAAGACAAACAAACAGGCAGAGGGCAAGUCAAGAGGUGACAGGAAACAGAAGGCGGAACGUGCUCAAGUUCGGUAGCCACAGACGAGGUGGACAAGUAGGCCUUGCCCCGACUCCACAGAUUGUGACACUACGAAAUCCGUUCGUUUUAACCCCCCAGUCCGAGUCAACCCGUCAAGCCGAGACAUUCGAUUUCUAAAUAUUCUGUAAAAAUCUCUCCCGAAAUCAUACCAAAAAUUUCUAGUUAAAGCAGGUCGUUGCGAACUGUGAGAUUUGCGUAGCCCAAAUACAAAAACACCAAAAUUAUGCUCAAGUCCAAGCAGCGAUUGUCUACAAAAGGUGGUAAAGCUCUGGGGAAAGCCCAAGUUUUUAAUGCCAGUAAGACCAAGCCGAAGGUACAGCAGAACAACAGCUUGAAGGUUAAGCAGAAAACUGUGAAGACGCAACCGACAACCUUGAAGAUCCAGUCCAAAACUUUGAAGAAACAGCCAAAAAUGUUGAAGGUUCAACCGAAAGCCUUGAAGAUACAGCAAAAUCCAUUGAAGAUGCACCAGAAGAAUCCCCUGAUAAAAUCCAUUCGGCGUUCUCCCCUGAUGCGUGCCGCUUUGCAACCCACGAUAAUGGGCUCUCCCAAAGGAAAGCCGAAGGUCAAGUCGCAGGUGACCUUUAAGAAGUCCCACCGCCAAUCCCUGGAUGCUCUGCAAUCCCUGGGAAUGUCCCGCCGGACCAAGCUAAUAGAUGCCAGUCCCCUGAAGAAAAAACCGAUCACUCCGGUACUCUUUCUAAUCAAGGACUCCAAGGGAAAGAAAGAAAGCGGCCAGAAGAAAUCUUCAAUUGGAGGCAGGAAGCAAUAUUUGCCAAAGAUGGACCCAAGAUCGAUGUCCAGAUGCGAGACGAGGGCCUCCGAGGGUGUGGACUUCUUCCAUAAUCUUGGCAUGAGGAUGCAGCGAGAGAAGCCGAAGGAUCAACAAGUGCGACUGCGAGGAGGUGCUGGAUUUGAGGGAAGAUUGGAAGGAGGAGAAGGACAUCGACCAGGAUCAGCAAGGACCAAUCCUGGCCUCGCCGCCAUCGUUGGUGGCUCCUCCGUUGGCAUGUCCGCCAAGGAUGUGGUGGUGCCGCUGACCAAUCGACUGCCCAUCAUCGACUUCAUUUCCACCUACGAGUUUCAGAAUAUGAAUGCCACUACGAGUCGGAAACCGCAGACACGCAGUUUUGUCCAUUGAUUGGCGACUGACCGUUUGGCGACUAUUUAGUGAAUAGUGACCAAAGGAUUCUCGGCUUUAUAAAUGUUCAAUACUAUUUUUUCAAGUAUAAAUAACCCUUAAUUCAGAUUAAUUUAUAUAUUUAUUUUCGUUAAGAGAAAAUACAAAAGUAACAAA